CCUGGUGGACCAAACUCUCACAAGUCAAGCCUGGCCUCGGGCCGGGCUUGGGGAGUAGAACAACUCCCAGAACCCCAUCAACCAGGUACGAGGACAGGUUGGGCAGUGGGCGAGGUGGGGCCGGGACUGUAGUGAAUAGCCAACUUGUCCUCUCACAAAGAACGUCGCCUGCGUUACCUAAGGCCAACAAUUGUCAUUCUAGAAAACGGAAGCGGCUGGUGAAAGUGACGUACUGUUCCGUUUUCUGUUGUGCCGAAACAAAGCCGUCGUGAUUGUUGAAAGAUGUACAGGUUUCGUAAGGGGCUGGGUUAAUGGAUGAUGAAUCCUGGCACCCACCUUAUCCACCCACCUUGGCACUGACUCCUGUUAUAGUGGUUGAUACCUGGUUGAUGGGGUUCUGGGAGUUCUUCUACUCCCCCAAAAGAGGACUGGGGUUCGUUACCUGGGUGGGAGGAGUGCGCGGGGGUGUAACAACCUCGCUAACCUUAGUAAUUAACGCACCUUCGUUAACACUUAACACACACCUUCCUGUAUUAUUUAUACCAAGUAUAAAAUGGUAACAUGGUUUCCGGUUUAUAAUUUCAAUAAUAAAUUCAUCAUAUCAGUUCUUAUCUAGCGUCUCAUUUGCUUUGUUUGUACAGUAAUCCUCAUUUCCAAAUAUAGAUUUUUUAGGCACUUAUACAUUGCUUAUUAUUAUAGAGGAUGGCAGAAGUAGAUCCAUCCAAUGGGGGUGGUUUUGUUGAGGGAAUAUCAUGACACAGUUGUAUUGCCUCUAUGACCCAGUAAUAUUUGUUAUUUCAUUUUCAUGUUUUCAGGCCGUCACCACCCUGCCCUAGCCAUACCUCUCAUCAUCCCCCAAUCAUUCCACAAGCACAGUCCAUUCUCUGCCUGUGAUAUAUUGUAUAUCCUUGUUACUCUGGUCACUGCAGCUCGUAGUUUUGUAGUUCCCGGUAGUUUUGCACCACGGUCCUCCUUUUCCCCAGGCUCGUAGAGACCUUUCAGUUGCCUUUAGUAAUGUUUUAGCUGAGGGUAGGCUACCGGAUCCUGUUAUCCUGAUGAGGAGACUCUUCCAGUCUCAUAAACAACUUGUGUUCCUUGUCUUACACGAAGUUCUCCGGUUCUGUCAGUCUUCGCUCCGGCGGCAUCCGUAAGACGCUGUUUGUCGUGUGUUUUGUGUUUACAAAUUUCCCGUGAUGGCCGACCGCCUACCACCAACAUCGCCUCCGUCAGAGUUUAGUGAUGGGGAGGCGACUACAUGUCUUCUUAGUACGACAUCUACCCUAGACCUCCUCGCCCCCACAGCUGGUUAUGUCACCCCUCCCACUGUCACCAUCACCCCGGCCAGCCCUACGUUAGUGCCCGUCUGCACCCUGCUUGCUUUCUCGUAUGUUGACCACUUUCCCGCCUCCUCGACGCUCACCCGUCCCUCUUGCUCGUCACCCAGUGCCUUUACUUCCCCACACACCUGUACCUCUGUAACGCCCAGCUCCCCACACACCUGUGCCUCUGCGACGCCCAGCUUCCCGCUCACCUAUGUCUCGGCCAGCUCCCCACACACCUGUGCCUCUGCGACGCCCAGUUCCCCACACACCUGUGCCUCUGCGACGCCCAGUUCCCCACACACCUGUGCCUCUGCGACGCCCAGCUCCCCACACACUUGCACCUCCGUGUUGCAUAAUUCCACACCACACACCUACGCUUGUAAAGUACUGGCAUCCACACCAGCUUUCACCUGUAUAGACUCCAUACCCAUGUUAGAGCCCACCUCCAUACCACUCACGCAUUUGAAAACGCCAAUAAUGACUCCUACUCGCAUAGAACUGCCUUCCUCGGCCAAACACGCCCAUGUUCCACCCGCCCCUCUACACCCGCACCCCUACAGCGAGCACCCAACCUCACCAACACUCGUCUACCGUGCGCCACCAAUAUCACCAGCACAUCUUCAUAGCGCAUUAACACCGUCAAUGCACGGAGACUCCUCAGUGCCUAGUCACGGACCGAUCACAGCACCAAAUCUGUCGGCGUCCGCCUGCACGUCACCCGGCACACCCUUACCGACCUGCACAUCACCCGGAACACCCCAACCGACCUGCACAUCACCCGGAACACCCCAACCGACUUGCACAUCACCCGGAACACCCUUACCGACCUGCACAUCACCCGGAACACCCCAACCGACCUGCACAUCACCCGGAACACCCCAACCGACCUGCACAUCACCCGGCACACCCCAACCGACCUGCACAUCACCCGGCACACCCCAACCGACCUGCACAUCACCCGGCACACCCCAACCGACCUGCACAUCACCCGGCACACCCCAACCGACCUGCACAUCACCCGGAACACACCUACCGACCUGCACACCACCCGGAACACCAGUACCCGCUUGUUCAAAGCUUACUCCCACUCCGGCCCCUUCUACGGCGUCGCCAACGCCACUCUGCAACUUGUCUGGCUACCAGCCGCCCAUGACGGUCAUCUGUGUCAUUUCGUCGUCUUCUACGACGGUGACAAGCAGUAUGUCGUGUGGGUGGUCGUCCCCUCUGAUGUCGUCCUGUCCUUCCUCUCCCUCGUCCUGUUGCUCCUCCGUCAUAGCGGAAGCCUUGCCGCUUCCUCUACCUCUGCACCAGACUCUUAUUCCCCUUGUUUUCCCUUCCUUGGCCUCGUCGGGACCAACGUCUCCGUCCCCGCCCACGCCUCCGCCCACACCGUUGCUUAUACCCGCCCCUUCGUCCACCAUACCAAUCAUAUACCUUCGCAAGAACACUCCGGAGACUUCACCAGCGGCCUCUCCGCCCGCUUCACCCUCAGAACCAUAUAAAUGUUUGCCAUCACUGCCCACAACCCCUUCCCCGCCCACAUACGCCCACCCCUCCAAGUACCACGUGGCUUGCCCCACGCCCACCUCUGAGAUGGAUCCUAAUGACUCCGUGGAUCUGCCUGACACUGGCGACGACGACGGCGAUGACGAGGAGACGAGCCAGAGUGGGGGCUGCGUGGGUGGACUUGCCCGUCGGGUCUCGCACCACUCCCCUCUGCUCAUUCCCGCCCCUGAACAGCACCAACGACGUGCUUCUCUGCUCUCCACGCUCUCUGUGUCUCCCAGCACCGGGCGACGCCCGUCUCUUGUAUCAUUGCUGAGCGUCUCGCCAUCUAUUGCCGCUCGCCGUUUCUCCUUCAACAUCGGUGCCCAGUUCCGGGUAGGCUCAUAGCUGCCCCGUUUGGGCCGCUGCUAUUGCUGCCCCAACUAACUUGCACCUCAGCUGCCGAGCUUACACGUAGAACAAGUUGACCUCCCAUACAGGAAUCCAAUAGACAAUUUGCACGAUAGUUGUCGCAAUAGUUGUAUGAGCUAACAGAAGUAGAUUAGUUACCCUAGAUAAUACUGGCCGUUUUCUGUGGCGUGCAAUAUGUUUCAUUUUCUUUGUUUAUGAAUUUUUAGCGUAUACUCUGUUGGCAUGUGUUCUAUUUUCAAUCUCAAUGUAAUAAUUGAAUAUAUAGCCUAGUAAUAAUGCAGAAUUUUUAGUAAACAUUUAUCACGAUAAAACUUUUUUUUAGCAUUUGCUUGUUGAAUAAAUAUUUUAUAUUUCUCAACUGUAAACGUUUUAAAUUUCGGUAGUUUAAUAAAUCUAGUUUUUUUUUUCCUAACAACUUUUAAUAUAAUUAAUUACUUAAAAUUAAAGUUUUAAUCGUAGUAGUAGACUAUUUUCAUGUUUAUAUUUUAUUCCAAAAUAUUUAUCAAUUCGCUUAUUUUGUACAAGGCAAUAAUUUAUCACUAGUGAUUUCUUGAAUACAACAUCAUCUGUGCUGGGGCCAGAUUCA